GUCCGACAGAAAUAAAAGCGUUGAAGGCAAAGAGAAAAUUCGUAGAGACUUCGCCGAAAUUUCUCAGAUUCUGCACUUUUGUUGAGGAUUUUUCAACUUUCUGCUUUUCUAUCCACUCGCCCUGUAUCGAAUCCAUAGCUCCAGUACACUUUCCUUUUUCUCUCUUAAAGGAUUUGACGACGAAAUCCGCCAGCAGAGCCCGUUUGGAUGCUGAGAAAACGAAGGAAAAGAACUGGAAAUUUUCCGUACCUGAAUUGAGGAGGGAGAUUUCGAUUCGCGCUGAACUCGUUGAGGUUUUAUAUAUGUGACGGAGAAAAUAGGAGGAAUAGUGGUGUGGUGGUGAUACUGUGAGAUUCUUUUCUUUCACUUUCUCAGCAAGCAAACAGGGCAGUUCGGUGGGAAAUUAAUAAUGCAAACGAGGUAUAUGGAGAGAUCGAGUAGUAUAGCGAGAGAGAAGCGAGGUUUAGAUUCAAGUUCCGCUGAGGAAGAGCAGCCUGAAAGGAAGAGACCUGCUUUGGCUAGUGUAAUUGUUGAAGCCCUGAAGGUGGACAGUAUGCAGAAACUUUGCUCAUCACUGGAGCCUAUUCUACGUAGAGUUGUUAGUGAGGAAGUGGAGCGUGCUUUAGCAAAAUUAGGUCCUGCCAAGCUUGGUGGGAGGUCUUCUCCCAAGCGCAUAGAAGGUCCUGAUGGAAGCAAUUUACAAUUACAAUUCAAGACCAGGCUAUCCCUUCCCCUCUUUACUGGUGGGAAAGUGGAGGGGGAGCAGGGCACUGCCAUACAUAUUGUAUUGAUUGAUGCAAACACAGGCCAUGUUGUCACAUCUGGCCCAUCAUCAUGUGUCAAAGUAGACAUUAUUGUGCUUGAAGGCGAUUUCAAUAAUGAGGAUGAUGAUAAUUGGAGUGAAGAAGAAUUUGAGAGUCAUGUUGUGAAAGAACGAGAAGGAAAAAGACCUCUUCUGACUGGUGAUCUGCAAGUGACACUGAAGGAGGGUGUAGGAACACUAGGUGAGCUUACAUUUACAGACAACUCUAGCUGGAUAAGGAGUAGGAAGUUCAGGUUGGGGCUCAAAGUUUCCUCGGGUUGUUGUGAGGGAAUGCGUAUUCGUGAAGCCAAAACAGAAGCUUUCACUGUUAAGGAUCACCGUGGAGAAUUAUACAAAAAACACUACCCACCUUCCUUGAAUGAUGAGGUUUGGAGACUGGAGAAGAUUGGCAAGGAUGGGUCUUUUCACAAAAGGCUACAUAAAGCAGGAAUACAUACUGUAGAAGAUGUCGUACGACUUGUGGUCAGAGACCCACAGAGAUUGAGGAAUAUUCUUGGGAGUGGCAUGUCAAAUAAAAUGUGGGAUGUUCUUGUUGAGCAUGCCAAGACUUGCGUUCUCAGUGGAAAACUUUAUGUAUACUAUCCUGAUGAUGCAAGGAAUGUUGGUGUUGUUUUCAAUAACAUUUAUGAGCUGAGUGGCUUAAUCACCAAUGACCAAUAUUACUCGGCUGAUUCUCUCUCUGACAGUCAAAAGGUUUAUGUGGAUACAUUGGUGAAGAAAGCAUAUGAGAAUUGGAUGCAUGUUAUCGAGUAUGACGGCAAGUCUCUGCUAAAUUACAAUCAGAAUAAGACUUUGGGCAUCUCCCAACCUCAGGUUCAAAUGGAUUCCCAUGAUUAUUCAAAUUCAAACACACUUGAUCCACAGAUCUCCAUCCCAACUCUACCAGUUCCUGUACCUAUAGGGCAGCCUUCAAUGGAUCCAGGAGUAACAGUUGGAGGCUAUCAUGAUGGGACAACAACCAGAUUCUCAAUGCAACCACAGGAUGCUAAUCUUAAUUCUUCUAUUCAGUUUGAUACUACUGCAUUCACUCUACAAAACCAGCUUAUGAAUGUUUCGCACCAAUCUCAACUCCUAAGAAAUGAAAAUGGGCUGACUCUUGGUCCACCACAAUCAGCCACUCCUGGCUUUCAGACUGUCAGUGUUUCAAAUCCUACUUAUAGAGGAUUUGAAGACUUCUUCCCGGAAGAGGAUAUUCGUAUUAGAAGUCAUGAAGAGGAUAUUCGUAUUAGAAGUCAUGAAAUGCUAGAAAAUGAAGAUAUGCAACAUCUGCUCCGUAUUUUUAAUAUGGGAGGACAAUCUCAUGCUUCCUUUAGUGCACCUGAAGAUGGGUACCCUUUUUCAUCUGCUUACAUGCCUGCGACCUCCAUGAGCUACAACUUUGAUGAUGAACGAAACCGUUCCUCAGGAAAGGCUGUUGUGGGCUGGCUCAAGCUUAAGGCAGCUUUGAGAUGGGGCAUUUUUAUUCGCAAGAAGGCUGCUGAGAGACGUGCACAGCUUGUUGAGCUUGAUGACUCAUAGAAUAUGAAAUUGGAGCCAUCUCAUCUGUUAUGGUCUGAGCAAUAACUUUUGUGGAUAUAGCAUCAAAUGCUCCUUUCCUGGCAUUCACAAUGACUUUCAUGCUGAAGUUUUAUAGCAUAAGUAGACUGGAAGUCUGGAUUGAAUUAUUUGGUGCAGCCUUAAAGCUCCCACUCUGCCUUCAUAAACAGUUGUGCGGCGACCUCUGCCUGUACAGGAAUAUCACCCUGCAACAACUCUUAUAUCUAUUUUACUUGUGAUGCUUUUCACUCUAUAUUCCUGCUGCUUGUGAAGACCUGACAGUUACUACCUCGUAACAGAAGAAGUCUGCUGCGGCUUGAAAUUACUGGGGUCUCAGGUCUGGAAACUCGGGAAAACUACGGUCAUUUGUUUACAUUUAGCAGGACGUAUUGAAUUUUGUGUUCUAAUGGGGUUGAACCUAACUGGUGUGUUUUGUGUAGUUGCCUUCUUGUUCAAUAGUUGUAAUCAAUACUGAAUUGCUGGAUUCAGAACUGUUAUUUUGUUUGUUUGUUUGUUUUAUGAAUGUUUCAGCAGACUGCAUGCCUUGUCAGGGGCUACUAGUUUUGUAAUACUAUCUAAAAAGUGAGAAAAGAUGUUAGACCUAACCUGUUAUA